AUGGUGAUCAGUGGUGAAAUCAAAGCAGUCGUCUAUGACUUCGGUGGAGUUCUUCUUUCAUAUGAAGGAGUUGAGGAAAAGUGGAAGGCAAUGUCUAGAGCUUUGGGACUUCCGGAUGGGGCUGUUCACAGCGAGUCCGUUGGAAUUGAGUUUUCGCAAUGGCUUGGUCCAGAUAGAAGUCUUUUCCUCGGGACUUUGACUGUUGAUGAUCUUGAAGGAGGACUCUUCAUGCAGUAUCUUAAGCACAAGUAUGGAGACCAGCUGAAUGAUAAUGUCGUCGUGAAGCCGUAUACCGAGUGUCUUCGUGGAGAGAAUGUCAGAAUUCACAAAAACAUGCAAAAAACUGUGGAAAUUCUUCACAAGAAGGGGUUCAAAACUGCUAUGCUCACAAAUAACAUGUUUUUAGAUAAGGAGCACAAAGAAACACGUUUGCCAUGUGAUCUCACUCAUUUCGACGAAGUCGUCGAGUCAUGCUUGGAGCAUAUGAUGAAACCAGAUGCCAGAUUUUAUCAAUUAGUUGAGGAGAGACUCGGUGUGAAGCCAGAAGAAAUCGUUUUCCUUGAUGAUCUUCAUGAGAAUAUCGAAGCUGCCGAGAAGCUGGGAUGGAAUACAAUUAUGGUCACUGAUAUCGAAAAAGCAAUCAAAGAACUUGAGAAGUUCACAAAUGUUAAAUUGAUCUAA